AGAAGAAGAAACAGGAAAAAGAAGGAACAUCUGAUGGUGACACAGCUCAGUGUUUUUCAGCAGGUUCUAUGCUCCGGUUAAGGACCUCUGAAGAAGAAGAAAGUAGUUGUGAAAUUUCCCAGCUCAGACAGGCUGUGUUACAAAACGAUGACAGACUCCUUGAUGAGAUGCUCUGCCAAGAAAUCUACAAGAAGGUCAUCAACUGCAGAGGUGGCUGGGGCAUUGCAGGCACUCCUCUGCAUGCUGCAGUGUCUAAAGGCCACCUCAGCUGUCUGCAGGUUUUGUUAACCCAUGGCGCCCUCGUGGACUGUGUGGAUGUCAAGGCCCAGACGCCUCUCUUUGCAGCUGUUCGUGGGAAAUACCUGGACUGUGUCUUAGCGCUCCUCAGAGCCGGUGCCAACCCCAAUGGCAGCUCAACCAACAACUGUUCCCCCGUCCUCACCGCCGCUCGGGAGGGUGAUGUGGAGAUAUUAAAGGAACUGCUUAAACACGGCGCAGAGGUGAACUCCCGCUCUAAAGUCUUGCUCUGGACCUCAAGUGCCAGAGUGUCCAGCGGGCCACUGUACCUGGCCGCCGUUUACGGACAUAUGGAGUGUUUCAAACUGCUCCUCCUGUACGGUGCGGACCCAGAUUACAACUGCACAGAUGCGAAGCUGCUGAAUUCUAUCAAGCAGCCCAAAACUGUGCUGGAGAUGUGCCUCAGGCAUGGCUGCGGCGUGGAGUACAUCCAGCUUCUGAUCGACUUUGGUGCAAACGUCUACCUCCCCACGCUGAUCAUCGAGAAGUCCACGAAGCAGAACGAGGCUGUGGAGCUGCUUCUGCAGGAAAGAGGGAAUCCCAAGGCCUUGAUUUCACAGUGCCGACUCACCAUCCGCAGUUACCUCAAAAAGAUCAACAAGAUCCACCGCAUCGACCAGCUGGAAAUGCCAACAAGUCUCAUUAACUUCUUGCAAUACAAAUCAGUCCCAGUCACUCUGCUGUAGCUCAGUGAACCGGAGGCAGUGAGGUGAAUUCAUGUGUGACCGCUUGAUUUCAGCUAAAGCAUUUUUGUUUUUAUUUGCAGACUUGCAGGUCCAUAGUCUUUGUCUUCUUUUUUUAAACUGAUGUCCUUCUGUUCAUGUGCUGUCCUGUUAAGACUGAUUCUAAAGUCAAAACAUUAAAUGUGUGGAUAAAUCAUG